AUGAAAAGGCUCCCUACAAUAUUAGAGGAAUUUAUUGAUCUCUUCGCCACCAAACUAGAUGAAAUUGGUGUCAGUUGGGGAUUCUUCACAACCCCACAUCACUGGAAUAGCGUUGUUGGCGAUGAUUGGGAUAAGUGGAAAAACAAAACAAUUUGGUUGGCAAAAGCUGGCGUAUAUUGGUUGGAAGAAAGUAACAAACGGAUAUCUCAACCUUUCUUGUACCAGGAAGAUCGAAUAGAAGGUACAGGCACCUGCGGAAUCAACGAUUAUACUAUAAAUUACUCUCAUCCCUUCUAUGCCAAAAAUGAUGACCAUGACCCAGAAAGAUCCAAAGCAUAUCAUAUGCUCCAGUCACUUAUCAAAUCGAAAUCAUUUCCGAUUAACUGAUCAAACCCCUUACAAAUUUGCUCUCUACGUCC